UAUCUGCGGUGCCACGGCCCGACAAACAUGCCCUCCGGGUCCACCGCGUCUCGCACCUGGCGGAACGCCCUCCAGUCGUCGCCGUACCAGGAGGCGAACUCGUCCGGCGACACGGUGAACGUCUUGGCCCAGUGCGGCCGGCCGCCCAGGUCGCGCAUCAGCCACUCGAAGGCGGCGUAGUAGCGCUCCGUUCGCAGGGAUUCAACGGGGUAGGCUUCGGCAACCUGAACCUGAACGGCCUGGUUGUCGGCGGUCUCAAUCUCGGCAGCGUCGACCUCGGAAACCAGGAUGCCGUCGCUCAGGCCAUCCUGGCAAUGCUCGAGAGCCUGUGCCUGGCCAAUGCCCUUAGUCUGAACAGCAUCCUCAGCCUCGGCCUCGACAACGAUGUGGAGAUGUUCCUCCAGCUCGCGCAGCUGAUGGAGCUGGAGCAGCUUGGAUUUUUGAAUCUGGGAGGCAUCCAGUCGCUGUUCAACUCGGGCCUGGUCCUCGGAAGCUUCAAUCUGGGCGUCUUCAAGCGCGAGGUCUCUGAGGCCAGGAAGACCAUGAAGCGCACCAAACUGCGGCGCGAGCAGAAGGUCAAGCGGCAGUGUGCCGUCGGGACGGGCUCGGUCAACUCUGGGGCCUCCGGCCAGCAAGGACAAGCAUCCGUCACCAUCGCCACGGCACCCAACCUGGGCGUUUCCGCUACUUCAACUACCUCAACUGCUGCGGCGUCGGUUACCUCGGUUGCAACGUCGCCCGUUGCCGCCGGGAACGCCGCGUCCGUGACGUCCGCUGCCAGCGCGGCGACGUCGACUGCUGUUGCUGCUGCUAGCGCCUCAGCGGACGUUUCCUCGGCUUCCGAUGCUGCUACCAGCGCGACUUCUGCCGCGGUCGCCGCCCCUGCUACAGAGGCCGCUUCUGUUCCUGCUGCUGCUGCUUCGGUUGUUGGCUCUGCCGCUUCCGCCCCUGCCGCAGCGGCUACUUCUACGGCAGCUACAGCUGUCGGUGGUGCCGACAGCCUGUCCGAUCUCACGCGCUGAGGGGGUUACUUGGGAUCUGAUCGGUUGCUGUGGGGAUUUGUCCAGUAGUUAAGGGAAUUGUGGGCUGUGGAGUGUUUUACACAGUGCCUUAGACCUGUGCGCGUUCCGUUUUGAGUGGCCUUCAGCUUCACUGGGAAGUCGUUACUUGGGAAAAGAUGUAGUGUACUUG